ACUCGUGUGUGUUCCAUCCUCUUCAUUGUGCGUAACCUACUGUAUGUAGCCUAUUCCGCCCCUCGUUCCCUCACGGAGCUGAACUCGACGCGAGAGGCACAACAUAUGGUAAAAAAGAGCGCUGGUAAUUUAUUUGCAUUGUUUUAGAAAUAAGUACUUCGUUCAAAGCUAAGUAGAAAGGUCGUUAUAUUUGCAGUAACAAUCACGAGAACAGUCGAGUGGAAAAAGUGGAUUCAACGUUUAUUGAGACAUUUGCUGAUAAGAAAAACAUCAGAGAUAUAGAAAGCCCCCCUUGCAGGGCUGCUGUCUGGGUGAGGGUCACACUGCAGAGUGCUGUAAAGUGUCUCACGCAAUCGAUCGCUUCUCCCCGUUGGAAGAUUAAGGGCAGGAUUGGCUAUGCCAUUUGGCUGUUUGACGCUCGGGGAAAAGAAGGAUUACAACAAUCCCUCAGAGGUGACAGAUAAAUAUGACCUGGGACAGAUUGUUAAAUCAGAGGAGUUCUGUGAGAUCUUCAGGGCCAAGGACAAAAAUACACUGAAAAUGUUUACUUGUAAAAAGUUCCUGAAAAAGGAUGGAAGGAAAGUUCGGAAGGCUGCAAAAAACGAGAUCCUUAUUUUAAAGAUGGUGAAGCACCCCAAUAUUCUUCAGCUGGUGGAUUUCUAUAAGACCAGAAAAGAGUACUUCCUCUUUCUUGAACUUGCUACUGGCAGAGAGGUAUUUGAUUGGAUCCUGGACCAGGGCUACUAUUCAGAGCGCGACACCAGUAAUGUGGUCCGUCAGGUGUUGGAGGCCGUGGCCUAUCUUCACUCCCUGCACAUUGUCCACAGGAACCUCAAGCUGGAGAAUUUGGUGUACUUCAACCGCCUGAAGCACUCUAAAAUAGUGAUCAGUGACUUCCAUCUGGCAAAGCUGGAGACCGGGCUCAUCAAAGACCCAUGUGGAACACCAGAGUACCUUGCACCAGAAGUGGUUGGGAGACAGAGAUACGGCAGGCCAGUGGACUGCUGGGCCCUGGGUGUCAUCAUGUACAUACUGCUUUCAGGCAACCCUCCUUUCUAUGAGGAAACUGAUGAUGAUGAUUAUGAAAACCACGACAAGAACCUGUUCAGGAAGAUCUUGGCGGGGGACUAUGAGUUUGACUCUCCGUACUGGGACGACAUCUCAGAGUCAGCAAAAGGCCUGGUCGCCCGUAUGAUGGAGGUAGACCAGGAUCAGAGGCUGACUGCUCAGGAGGCCAUCAACCAUGAGUGGAUCUCUGGAAAUGCAGCCUCAAAUAAGAAUAUUAAGGAUAAUGUCUGCGCACAGAUAGAGAAGAACUUUGCUAAAGCCAAGUGGAAGAAAGCGGUGCGGGUUACUACCAUCAUGAAGCGACUGAGAGCUCCAGAACAGAGUGCUGACUCGGGGGCAACCAUCCCAGCAGCAGUAACCAGCUCUGCAGCAGGAGAACCCUCCCCAGCUCCAGCAGACCCCGAGGCUCACAGUGACCCCUCUACAGCUACCGCUGCUGCAGCCCCGGAGGGGGAGCCUGCUGCUGUCAAAGAGCCCCCUGCUGGCAUGGAGGCCGUGGCGUGUGAUGCCACUCCCCAAGGUGCAGCAGAGGUCCCAGCUCCACCCCCGGCCCCUGAGGAGGCCAGCCCAGUGGAGGCCCCAGUUGAAGCCCCGGAGGAGGUUGAUCCGUUGUCACUGUGUAACGGAGAGUCCCCGACUCCCCUCCAACCAGCAACUGAAGUUGACGAUGGGCAGGGUUAGACGGUGAACUCCCUCCUAUGACCUCCUUCACUCCCAGCGAUCGUCUUUCCUGCAGACUAGCAUGGUGACACUGACUUAUCUCUCUCACUUGCAGCAUGAGUAACAUCUCACAGAGCCUUUGUCCUAUCUUUCCUGAGUGUUGAAUUGAUCUGGCUACAUGUAUUCUGUGUUUUUGAAACAUCCCUCUGGCCUUACAGGGGCUUUUUGUGUCUAAUGCAGCGCAGCUAACAGCUACAUAUUUUCCUCUGAACUCUCCCUUUUAAAGCAUAUGGAAAUAUGUAAUUGUACCAAACCUGCUUUGGGAACAUUUUUACCCAGUCCUACUCUCACAGUAUUCCAAUGCAUUAUCAUGGCAUACAAUAAGGUAAUGAACAGCUUGGCUUUGCUCUUGUAGUGUUGAUUUUACAUAAUGAUCUGUAGCAUUCCUCCUUUACACCCCUCUCUACACAUGGAAAGAUCCUGUUUGAUCUCUUUUUGGGGGGUGAACAUUGCUCUCUUUGUUAUUUGUUGUAUACACUCAUCAGUAGUUUUGUCUGUGCUGCGGCAAUUAUGUUUACUGGGGGAUGCAGCAGGCCCAGUGUAAGUGAAAGGCAGCAUCCACAACAUGCUGGGUUAAAUGCGAAAGACAUAUUUCAGUUGAAUGCAUUCAGUUUACCAACUGACUAGGUAUCCCCCAAUCCCUUUCCCUCGCCAGCUUUCUGCUUAGGAAGGCACCACGUGGCUGUCAGUGUAAAGAUUCUGUAUAUAGAGACCUUUGUAGAAGUAGUCAAAACAGCAUGCAUUCUUAACUUUUGCUGUUCAUUUCAAAAUUAUAAGCACUUGGUGGAAAGAACGUGGUAAUCCUGCUAACAUUAAGGUCUUUCUGUUCGUUAGGCUCCAAGUGGAGGGCACUGUUGAUGCUAAUGUAUUGUUCAAAUAAACUUCUAACUAUUCAUAUCAUACAUCAAGUGCCACUACUGUAAAUGUACGAUAUAUUAAAUGAGUUGUGUGUGUUACACAGUAGUUUCUAUGCAUCUAGAAUUCAUUUUGUAGCUCAUCUUUAUGAAAUUCACGGCAGGCCUCAGUCAUAACAUAUCUUCAUCCAUCCUAUGCGAUUAGAUCAACUUCUAUAAAAUUUCUUCUUUUUUUUUCAGUUUCUGGUUUAACAGUUCUUCUGGCUUAUUUAUUCUUAUACAUCCUAAAGUACGUACGUAGAACCAUUUGUAAAUAAAUAUAAUUUAGCCUACAAGGAUCAAUCAUGAUAUUCUUUUCACAGUUGUAUAACAUUAGAUUGUGACUGUGUAAAGCACCACCUGUAAAAGCCAUUUUUCCCCCCUCCAACUUUUUUUUUACAAGUUGUUGUUGAUUAAAGGAAACAGAAUAAUUAAGAGCAAUUGUGUUAAAAACAUCUUUCAUAUUUUUGCAAACAUACUGUAUGUAUAUGUUUAUUUAUCUAUUUAUUCAUAGGUUUAAUUAUUCUCAAGAUAUUCAUAACAAAAACAUAAUAGUAGUCGGUCUUUGGUCCCUUUCAGUAUAGUCAAUAACGAGGUACUACAAAGAGUUCUCUGUAAUCUCCGUAAAUUGAGCAAUAUUCUACUUGCUGCCGAAACUGUGAUUCUUCGCUUGGUGUCCUCUAUAAAGUUCAUGUGCGUACCUGUAAGUUAAAAGCCUAUAGACUUUGACAACAGUCAAUACUGUCCAGACAGUUAGUCAAAUAAAACAUGGCCAGUGUCAAACAAGGCGGAGCCUAGAUCAUAUUAGUCAUGCUUCUGACUUUGGUCCAAUCUUUCUGUUUAUAGUACCAGCCAUCUGUGCAGAGGGUGGCUCCUUCCUUGAUCCAGCAAGACAGUGAUGUUAUUGUCAGCAAACAGUAGCUAUUAAUUAUACAGUGUAUUAAUGCAUUUGUUGUCAAGGGACUAUGCUUCUGUGUUCACCUGCACGUUCUAUGGAAGUAUGUAUUUAAGAAAAGUUUGAGCAAUUAUUUUCAAUGAAAGGCAGGAAGUCAAAUCAAAUUUGCUACUUCAUUUUUUGUUGAUCAGAGAUCAAAGUUAUUGCUCCCCAGUCUAUUGCUUAUGCAUGUCUCUGACACCUACGAGAACAUAUAUACUGUAUAUAUGCAUAACCAGUCAAAAGUUUGGACACACCUGCUCAUU